CACCUUGCACGUAGGCGCGCCCUUUGCAAGUCUACACAGCAGCGCUCAUUCUAUUGACCGCCUCCCCCCUGCCCCGUACACGCAGUCCGUUGCCCUUCACUCGCCCACCAUGGCCGACUCCGCAUCCGCAAACAUGAACCAGAACUCGGUCAGCGACGACGUGCGCGUCCUCGGCUACGACCCGUUGAUCCCUCCUCAGCUCCUGUCCUCCGAGAUCCCCAUCACCAAGGCUUCCGAAGAGACGGUCAUUCGCGGCCGCAAGGAAUGCAUCCAGAUCAUCACCCAGCAGGAUGACCGCCUCCUCGUCAUGGUCGGGCCCUGCUCCAUCCACGACCCCGACACCGCCCUCGAAUACUGCGACCGUCUCAAGGCCCUCGCCGACAAGCUCAGCGGCGAGCUCCUCAUCAUUAUGCGUGCCUACCUCGAGAAGCCACGAACGACGGUCGGCUGGAAGGGCCUCAUCAACGACCCGGACAUCAACGAGAGCUACCAGAUCAACAAGGGUCUGCGCGUCUCACGCAAAUUGUACUGCGACUUGACUUCCAAGGGCAUGCCCAUCGCCUCCGAGAUGCUCGACACAAUCUCGCCCCAGUUCCUCGCGGACCUCAUCUCGCUCGGUGCCAUCGGUGCACGCACUACCGAAUCGCAAUUGCACCGCGAACUGGCUUCUGGUCUCUCUUUCCCCAUUGGCUUCAAGAACGGAACGGAUGGAGGUCUGACUGUCGCUGUUGAUGCCAUCGGCGCUGCGGCUGCUAAGCAUCACUUCAUGGGCGUAACGAAGCAGGGCCUAGCUGCUAUCACCAGGACGGCAGGAAACGAGCACUGCUUUGUCAUUCUCCGUGGCGGAACCAAGGGCACCAACUUUGACAAGGAGAGCAUCAAGGGUGCCCGCGAAGCUUUGAGGAAGAAGAACCUGCCCGAGGUCAUGAUGGUUGACUGUUCGCAUGGCAACUCCAGCAAGGACCAUCGAAACCAGCCCAAGGUCGCCAAAGCCAUCUCUGAGCAGAUCCGCGACGGCGAGACAGGCAUCGUCGCCGUGAUGAUUGAGUCCAACAUCAACGAGGGCAACCAGAAGGUCCCGCCGGAGGGUCCUAGCGCGCUCAAGAAGGGCGUCUCCAUCACCGACGCGUGCAUCGACUGGGACACCACCGUCAACACCCUCGAAGACCUUGCCGCCGCCGUCAAGGAGCGCAGAUCGAAGAAGGGCACUACUAACGGGUUGCAUUGAAGACGCCAACCGACAAAAGUAAUCAUAGAGGCAGAGUUGUAGAAUUUGCAUUGUUCGAUCUAAGCUUAGGAUAGGGGAGCAAAAAGUAAAAAUCACGAACACGACUAACGGUAAUGAGGACGGGCAUUUGGUGGAAAAGGGUGCAUGGCGUUGUUCUAGGAUUCCGAUACCUG